AUGAAGGACAAGAGGCCUAUGCAUCAUAAUAGAGAGAAACCUUACUUUUUUCCUCCUAGUAAAUCUGGAAGUCGUCUGAAUUAUCAACAAUACAGUUUUUCCACUGGAAAAGGAAAUAGUAGUGGUAAUGGAAAAGGAAAUAGAAACAAUUAUAGUUAUGAGGGUGGUAGAGGAAACCCUAUUGGACAAGGAGUUAGUAAUGGGGAUAGUAACAAUAGGAGUCAAGUUUCAAGCAACAACAAUGGUAAUAAUGGUGAUCCGACUACUCCUAUUCGAUGUCACAGGUGUGGUAAGCAGGGUCACAUGGCAUAUGAAUGUAGAGAUACUGGAAUUACUUGUUUUAAUUGUCAACAACAAGGCCACAUCAACACCACAUGCCCCUACCCAAGGAAGACUCCACAACCUGGAAACCCGAGUUCCCAUGCUAGUCGACCUAAAUCCAAUGGAAGAGUCUUUACCCUCAGUGGUGCAGAAGUGUCUGAGAAAGACAACUUGAUCCAAGGUACGUGUCUCAUAAGUGAUACUCAUUUAUUUGUGCUAUUAGAUUGUGGUGCCACUCAUUCUUUUGUGUCUCAUGAUUGUGUUAGAAGUUUAGGACUACCUAUGUCUCAUUUGCAGUAUGAUUUCAUUGUGAAUACCCCAACUAGUAAUUCUGUUGAUACCUAUAGUGUUUGUCUUGACGUUUCUAUCCAUGUGUGUGGAAGGGACUUCCGAGUUGACUUAAUGUGUCUACCUUUGCGUCUGGUCGAUGUGAUUCUUGGUAUGGAUUGGUUAUCUGCCAAUCGUGUCCGCGUAGAUUUUUUUAGUAAGACCAUUGAAUUCACGGAGUCAUAA